AUGCAGCUCUCCUUUGCUUUCAUCGCCGGCCUCAUGUCGACCGGCGCCUUUGCUCUGGCCGUGCCUGGCAUCGAGGCUCGCGGCUACCCGGGCUUGAACGACUUCCAGAGCCGCAACGCAAAGGCUGCCAUUGGCGAGGUCCGCGCCGAGGGCCUGAAUAGACAAGCUUGCCUGGCCGUCAUCAGCACCGCGCUGCAGGAGUCUGAGCUCCAGAUCUACGCCAACUCCCGGGUCCCGGCCUCGAUGAAGUACCACCACGACAAGGUCGGCGGCGAUCAGGACAGCGUUGGCAUGUUCCAGCAGCGCGCCCAGUUCUACCCCAACAUCGCGACCGACAUGUCCGCUGCCGGCAGCACGCGCCAGUUCCUCGCCGUGAUGAAGGGAAUCAAGGGCUGGCAGACGAUGGAGGUUUCUGCCUUGGACCAGGCUGUCCAGCGGGCUCAGGCAGGAAACUUGUACGGCAAGCGCAUUCCUCUUGCCAAGCAGGUCUGCAGCGCUGCUGGAUUCUAA